AUAUAUUUCUUCUCUCUCUCUCUCUCUCAUAUGAUUGAUUCAUAUAUAUAUACCAUACAUGUAUUUAUAUAUAUAUAUAUUUCAUAUUGAGGGUGAAGUUUCUUUCUAAGGGUUUUUUUUUCUUAUGGAAAUGGAAAGAAGAGCAACUUCCAAGAUGAGUGUUAUUAAUAGAGGCUUAUCUGAGAAAACAGUCUUUGGCUACAACAACAAUAAUGAUAUGAAAGAGAAAAGAGAGACUGCUAAUACUAAUUCUAUUCCAUCUUAUAUUACUCAUUCUGAUCACCAACAUCACCAUUUUCUUGCUCGUUGCACCAUUGUUGAUGAUUCUUCUGAGUUGAGUAUUUUUGAUGCCAAGAAGUAUUUCAAUGAAGUUUCAGCCAACAAUAAUAUCAACAAGGUUUCUCCGAUAAUGAACAUUGAGUCGAUGUCGAUGACAGAGCAAUGUAUGGAUGAUUCAGUAGCGUCAUCUCAAGAUCAGGAUUCAGAUAAGGAUUAUGAAUUAUCCAAGUCAAAGCCUUGGACUUGUGGUGUUGCGCACCCGUCGUCUGGGGUGGUUUCUAAAUUUUCACCUACUACUGCCUCUAUAGAUGGUCAUCAUCGUCGGAGUUACCGAGCUCGAUCUUUCCAUUCUGCAACGCCAACUGCCUCGUCGGAGGCUAGUUGGAAUAGCCAGACGGGGUUGCUCUCGAACCCUCCUGGAGCAAUCUCGGUGUCAGUUUUGCGCGGGGAUUCUGAUCAUCAUUCUGGGAGGAAAACGCGAAAGCCUCCCUCUUCAUCCUCUUUGGCAGCGAGAUGGAUUUUUAGAAGUUCUAAAUGCCCUUGUACUGGGAAGAAAUCGGUUCAAGUUCAGGAAUCUAAAGUGGUACUAGACCCAAAAACAAGUCCUUAUAUCAACAACACAACCGUUGGUGGCCAUUCCCAAUCUCAAUCAGAGUCUCCGCCAUCUGAAAAAACCUCUGGAGAAAACACAAUGCUUUUGCCACAUCCAGACAAGGACGUCGUUUGGAGUAGUCAAAGGCGUUUUCCUCCAAAUUUGCUUCUUCAAGGACACACAACGCAACGAGUAAUAGCCUCCACGGGCUUCACUUUUCCCAUCUUGAAAAACAACAAUAACAACAAUGGAGAUAUUCCAACCAGACCUAUAGGUCAUGUUUUAAUUCAAGACCCUCCUCGAGAUUCUCUGGAAGUUUUCAACCCAAGCACUGCUAGAGACAGUGGCAACAGUGGUUGUAGUAGUCUAAAAUCACGAAUUCUAGCCAGUGUAGCAGCAUCUGGCGGCAACGCCACCAUCGUGAACGACAUCGAUGAUGUAGCAAGUGAUGCUAGCUCAGACUUAUUUGAAAUCGAAAGUUUCUCCACUCAAACUGCCAGCACAACCACUGCCUCAUACCCUGCAAUGUUCCACCGACGAGACUCAAUGGAACUAGAAGCAAGAAGACUUGGGUUAGCCUCUGCAGCCACACGUCGCAGCCUCGACGAGCCAAUGACACCAUCAACCGAUUGGUAUGAACCAAGCGAGGCAAGCAUCGACUGGAGCGUUACCACAGCCGAAGGCUUCGAUCGGGCGAGCAUUGCCAACAUGUCAGAGGCCGAGGAGUCCUGGACUGAGAAAAACAACAACAAUAACAACAAUAACAACAGACGAAGAUCAUCAUCGGGAAAUGGAUUGUUAAGUUGUCGGUCAGAGAAGGCGGUGAGUGUGGGUCCACAGCCGGUGACGAAGCAUGUGAGUAGUAGGCCACCAUUGGGAAAGAAGCCACCACUAGCAAGGUCUAAUUCAGCUCACCUCUCGCUUACUUUUGCUGCCUGAUUUGGGAGCACUCUUUUCUCUCUUAUGACUGUGAUGGAAAGAUGAUACAUGAUUUUUCUCCAACACCCUCUCUCCCAACACACCAUUUCUUGAUUUUCUUAUCUUGUCUCUUCAAAAUUUCUUUUCUUUUUCAUUUUUCCCCUCUUCAUUAUAGUGCUGUGUCUCUCUAAUAAUUGUGCCAACCAGAAGUUUGGUGUACUUUUCUAUUCUUUUACACGUUCUCCUGUUUUCUCCCCCUCCAUCAUUCAAUUAUUUCACUUAUUACAUUGAAUAAACUCAGUUAAAUCUAUAGAUAAA